AUGCCCCAAGGAGGAGUGGUCAGAUGGAAAUGUUGGCUGAUUGAGGUGGUCCUAGGGGGACGAACACCAUUUCAAGCGAUCCAGCAUGCUCUGAGGAGGAGUGGUCAGAUGGGAACAUUGACCCUAGGAGAGUCAGGGAAAGAUGGGUGUCACAGUCAAUGUGGACAGGGGCUUUGGUUCUGGAUCAAUGUUCAUUGGUGUUUGUUCGUGUUUGUUGGUGUUCAUUGGUGUUCAAUGGGGUCGACUGAGGUGGUCCAAGGGGGGACGAACACCACUACAAGUGAUCCAGCAUGCUCUGAGGAGGAGUGGUCAGAUGGGAACAUUGACAUAGCAGAGUUGGGGAAAGAUAGGUGUCCAAGUCAAUGUGGACAGGGGCUUCAGUUCUGGAUCAAUGUUCAUUGGUGUUUGUUUGUGUUUGUUGCUGGUCGUUGGUGUUUGAUGGGGUUCGUGCUGCUGUAUGGACCUGUGGAUGUCCAAAUUAGGUCGAUUGCAGUGGUCCUAGGGGGGAAGAACACCACUUCAAGGGGUCCAGUGCGCCAUGAUGGGGAGUGGUCAGACAGGAUCAUUGGUUGUAUUACCAGAUAUGCAAUUGACAUAGGAGAGUCAGGGAAUAAUGGUCGAUUGAGGUGGUCCGAGGGGGGACGAACACCACUUCAAGUGAUCCGGCAUGCUCUGAGGAGGAGUGGUCAGAUGGGAACAUUGGUGAGUCAGGCAAAGAUGGUCGACUUUGGUGGUCCUAGGGGGGACAAACACCACUUCAAGGGUCCAGCAUGCCAUGAUGGGGAGUGGUCAGACAGGAUCAUUGGUUGUAUUACAAGACAUGCAAUUGACAUAGGAGAGUCAGGCAAAGAUGGGUGUCCUAGUCAAUGUGGACAGGGGCUUUGGUUCUGGAACAGUGUUCUUCGGUCAAUUGCAAUUGAGCUAGGGGGGAUGAACACCACGUCAAGCAGCCCAGCAUGCUCCAAGGGGGAGUGGUCAGAUGGGAACAUCAGAAUGUUAUAA